AUUGAUACUCAGAUACAUGGUAACCCCAUAUCGACUUACAUAUCUGUUAACGCAGAAAGUGGAGUUUUACAGGCAGUGCGAUCAUUUGACUAUGAGCAAAUUAAAACUAUAAAUAUUUUUGUAAAAGGACAGGAUGGGGGUUCCCCGCCUUUAAGCAGCAACACCACAAUUAAAUUAAUUAUCCAAGAUCAGAAUGACAACCCUCCUCAGGUUCUGUACCCAGUCCAGACUGGUGGCUCUGUGGUGGCUGAGAUGGUUCCUCGUUCAGCAGAUGUGGGCUAUCUGGUAACUAAAGUGGUGGCUGUUGAUGUGGACUCUGGACAGAAUGCCUGGCUCUCCUAUAAACUGCAGAAAGCCACAGACAGGGCGCUGUUUGAAGUGGGCUUGCAGAAUGGAGAAAUCAGAACUAUCCGUCAAGUGACUGAUAAAGAUGCUGUGAAACAAAGACUGACUGUUAUAGUGGAGGACAACGGACAGCCCUCUCGUUCAGCUACAGUCAUUGUUAACGUUGUGGUGGCGGACAGCUUCCCUGAAGUGCUGUCUGAGUUCACUGAC